AUGACUUCGAGAAUCAUAGUGUUUUUUGUAGCAUCCCUCUCGUUAUGUUCCUGCGAAAAUCUGCGGAUCGAAGAUCAAGUCCUUCAGGAUGUAUUUGGUUAUGCCCCUCAAGCUAGCGUACCUCUAGCUGCAGACAGCCAAUUCCAGGCUGCAGCUGUCACGCCUGUACCUGAGAACGAAACCACCACGGAGACAGAAUAUUGGGAGAUGGAAGAUUAUAAUCCUCCUUCAAUCGACUAUGAUGUAUUCGAUUGGACAUUAACUAAGCGUGUAGCCUCCUUAUCAGACGAGAACUUCCUUAUAUCUCCUUUGGGUCUGAAGUUGGCGCUUGCCAUUCUCACGGAAGCGGCUACGGGCGUCACUAAGAAUGAGUUAUUGUCAGUAAUGGGUUUUAGCUUAAACCAAACUUUAGUUAGACAGAAAUUUACCAGCAUCGUAGAUUCUUUGAAGAAAGAGUCACCACAAUAUAUCUUGAACUUGGGCAGUAGGGUUUAUAUAGGCAGCAAUGUUAGACCGAAACAAAUGUUCGCAGCCAUUGCGGAGGAGUUCUAUAAGACCGAGCUGAAGACUGUCGACUUUCAUAAUCCCCCUGAAGCGGCUAAGCAAAUAAACUCAUGGGUCUCCAAUGUCACGAAGGGCAAGAUUUCCAAUUUAGUUAGUGAAGAUGAUGUCGCCAGCGUAGCAGUAAUAGUUCUUAACGCCCUGUACUUCAAGGGCAGCUGGCGCCACCAGUUUGCACCCAAUGCGACUAAGUACGAUCAGUUCUACAUCUCUCCAAAUGUAAUAAAGGAAAUACCUUUCAUGAACCUCAACGAGAAGUUCUACUACACCGAGUCCGCUAAAUUAGGAGCAAAGAUUUUAAGGAUGCCUUAUUUGGGUAAAAAAUUCUCGAUGUAUAUAAUAGUCCCGAUUGACUUGUUGGGUAUGUCUCGCGUGAUGUCCAACAUCAAUGUGUUGCGAACUGAGAUGAACAAUCUUCGGGAGCAUUACGUAGAUGUUAAAUUACCUAAGUUCAAGUUUGACUACACUUCGCAGCUAGGUGGAAUUCUGAAGGAAUUGGGCGUCCGAGAAGCUUUCGAAGAUACUGCAUCUUUCCCUGGUAUUGCUCGUGGCCAAUACCUUUCAGAACGAAUCAAGAUUUCAAAAGUGCUGCAGCGAUCUGGUAUCGAGGUCAAUGAACUUGGUAGUGUUGCAUACGCUGCUACAGAAAUUGCUCUGGUGAAUAAAUUUGGCGAAGACACUGAAAGUCAAGUGGAGGUGGUGGCGAACAGGCCGUUUUUGUUUUUCAUUCAAGACGAGCUCACGAGGCAGUUGCUAGUGACAGGAAGAGUCUCUGACCCGACACUCUUAGAUGGAGCUUUCAAACUAGUCUAA